CUUCUGCCCGACAUCAUGGAAACUGACUACAAAUAUCAGACAGAAUAUGCCAAAAGUAAUCGCUCUACAUGCCGGGCCUGCAAACUGAACAUUAAUCAGGGCUCGCUGCGAAUGGCCGUCCUGGUGCAGUCCUCGACCUUCGAUGGGAAAAUGCCCCUCUGGUUUCACUUUAACUGUUUUUUCAAAAAGUCGAAAGUCAUCUCCACCAGCGAUAUAAAAAACUUUGAUGGGCUGAAGUUUGAAGAUCAAGAGAAGAUCAGAAAUGCCAUGAAGACAGAUGCCUUUGACCUGACCAACUUUGGUCUUAAACGUACCGGUGAAAGCAAGGACAAGUGUACCUCGUGUUCAAAAGUUAUUUCGGUGUGUUUCCUCUCCCUGUCUGUUUACUAUCUUUAUUUUUUAAAGGAUUUACUCCCUCAUACUACUGAUACAUAA